AACUACAGUAACUACAGGCGCCACAACCACAGGAACUCCCAACACGACGACCACCGUGACGGUGCCAGCCAAGGUUUCCAAGCGAGCAAUGAAGUUCGUGCCAUACAGAGAGUUCGAGGACGUGCCAGUAAUCCCCGCCGUCCCCGAGGUCCUGAUCUGCGGCACGAGCGGCGUGGGCAGCGGCGAACUUCCCCGCGCCAUCAGCACCUACUGUUCCCACGCCAUCUUCACGGGGGAACUGAUCGUAGAUGAGGACGACUACGGCGCCUACUACUUCCACGUGCCGGACAAAGAGGCCCUGUCGGAGUUCCUGAAGGUCAGGGACCCCGUGAAGCGCUACGUGUCCGUGGGCUGCUCCAUGUUCCACGACAACGGCAGCACCGCCCUGGUUGUAGCAGUCUCUCGCUUCCUCAGCAAGCACGUGCUGUCGGGAGUUGAGCUCAGGGCGGGCUCCCAAGAGGACCUGGACGCCGCCGUCCUCCUCUUACGGACAUUCCACCGGAUCCACCCGACUGACCUGUACCUAAUAUUGAGGAUCUCAUCGGCGCUCCUACCCGAUAAGAAGUUCUUCGAGGACGUGUCGAUGCACCUGGAGCACAUUAUCUUCGAGAGCCAGGAGCUUGAAGCGGACCACCAGCAUUCGAUUCGGUUUCCCAAUCCGUACCAGCCCUCGGAAAAGGCAGUCACCAAUGGCACCUUCCUCAAGCAGCAGCUGUCCAAGGUAUGGGCCUUGCGCCAGUCUCUGGAAAGAGCGGACGGCUGGUGCCUCAGCCUGUCCCUGGGGGUGAUCAAGAACAUCAGGGACAGCCUGUACAUGCACCUCGCCCGGAUCACCCGAUACGAUUACACGAGCCUGCAUGAGGUCUGUGGGUUGCUCAACAAUGGAGAGGUCAAGUCCAACCCUCGAUCCAUGUCUCGCUUCCUGAACACGGACUACGUCUUCUACGGAUUCGAAGACCGACACAGUCUUGUUCACAAGAUGUCCCGCCUCCUGCACGAGUUCCCCGGCAUGUGUUUGGCCGCGUACGACGUGGAGCGCGACGACGUGGACGGCUACUGCAGGGCCUCGGGCCACGACGUCGGCGCGCCCCUCAUCGGAGUCCUGCACUCCAUGGUCUUUCCCCAAUAG